AUGAGCUUUGGGUUUGGUAUCGGGGACUUCCUCGCAGUUAUCAAACUCGCCAAUGAGACUCGAAAAGCAUUUGUCGAAGCGCCUGUUCAAUUCAAGAGCAUUUCCGACGAAGUCAGAAGCCUGUCACUCGUACUGCAAGAUGUAGAGAUCGACAUAUCCGCGAAGGAGCUUAACAGCCAGCAACAGGCUGAGUUAAACGAACUAUUAACCGGUUGCCACGAAGUCCUUGCCGACAUUUUGAAGAAAAUUGACGACUACACAGAGCUGUCGACAACAAAUGACGGAAAGCGAAACAUGGCAAAGCGGGUGUGGAAACGCCUGAAAUGGGAACCAAGCGACGUCCAAGAACUCCGCCUUCGAAUUAACACUAAUAUCGCACUCCUGACUGCAUUCAAUGGGCAAAUAAUGAAACGCAGUGUGGCAAAACUGGUCCAGCAGCAAGACGAGGAAGCCCGCCAGAAAGUCCUUGAUUGGCUCUCGCCGUCAAACUAUGCGACCCAGCAAAGCGACUACAUUAGUCGACGUGAGCAAAGUACUGGACAGUGGUUCCUGGACUCAUCCGAGUUUAAAGAUUGGAUAUCCGGUUCAAAACAGACGCUUUUCUGUCCUGGUAUUCCAGGUGCCGGGAAAACCAUUCUAGCGUCUAUCGUGGUUGAUGAGCUCUACGAUCGACUUGGAAGUGGAGGCGAGGUUGCUAUUGCGUAUCUCUACUGCAGUUUCAUGCGACACGAAGAACAAAGCGCUGCUGGAUUGUUAUCAAGCCUUUUGAAACAAGUCGCUCAGUCACAGUCAUCGUUGCCUAGUAGCAUCCGAGAGAUAUAUACUAAGCAUACGGCCAAAGAAACAAGACCUUCUAUAGGCGAACUGUCCAAGGCCAUCCAAUUACUAUCAGAACAGAGCAACCUUGCGAAGGUCUACGUUGUGAUUGACGCUUUGGAUGAAUGUCGGAUGAAUGAUGGAUCGCGAACAAGAUUCUUGGAUGCAAUAUUCGAACUUCAGGAUGCUUGCAACAUAAACCUUCUCGCCACUUCCCGGUUUAUUCCUGAAAUAACCGAAAAAUUCAAGGAAAAGCCCGAGCUUGAAAUCCGUGCCAGCACGGCAGAUGUCAUGCGAUAUCUUCGGGGAAACUUGCCAAUGCUCCCAGCAUUUGUUUCUCGAAAACCGGAAUUGCAAACGGAGAUUUCGACGGAGAUAACCAGAGCGGUUGAUGGGAUGUUUCUACUCGCCCAGCUUUACCUCAACUCCUUGGUCGGGAAAAGAUCACCAAAAGCAAUCAGAUCCGCGUUGAAAGACAUAUCAUCGGGUACAAAGCAAUACGAUUCGGCAUAUCACGAUGCAAUGAAACGAAUUGAGGGACAGGUGUCUGAUCAAAGAGAAUUAGCUAUGCAAGUCCUCGCGUGGAUCACUUGUGCUAAGAAACCGCUCACUACAGUAGAGCUGCAAACUGCACUAGGGGUCGAAAUAAACGAGUCAGAUUUUGACGAGGAUAAUGUCCCCGACCUAAUUGACAUGGUCUCAGUUUGUGCCGGCUUGGUGACAAUCGAUGAGCAAAGCAAUAUCAUUCGACUAGUGCAUUAUACAACCCAGGAAUUUUUCCAGCGCAAUCGAUCAACUUGGUUCCCAAAGGCGAAUUAUGAUAUUGGCAGCAUCUGCAUGGCGUAUUUGUCAUACGAUACUUUCAAAACUCAUUGCCAAACAGUGGAAGCUUUCACAUCACGCCUGGAACGCUAUCCUUUUGGACCUUAUGCAGCUGUUUUCUGGGGCAGUCACAUCCAAGAGCGCGAAGCGGACGCGGAUCAACCUAUAAGCGAUGAAGAUAUUAUUGCGCUACUGCUAGACAGACCGAAACUCGACUCGGGUAUGCAGUUUGUGUUAUCUACUUGGCCUGGUAUCGACUAUGCCCGAUUCUGCUCAUUCGACAUGAAAUUCGGGAGGCGUCGCUAUCCAACUAUGGGCCUGCAUCUUGCGGCUUAUCUUGGAUUGUCUGAUGUGACCCGAAAAUUGAUUUCACUUGGCAGUUCAGUGGACGGCGUGGAUUCUGUUGGAAAAGCCCCUUUAUCAUGGGCAGCGCGACAUAACCUCCUAGAUGCUAUAACCUUACUCCUAGCACAUGGCGCAGAUCCAAACAUCAAAGACAGCCGAGGCAGGACACCCCUAUUUUUGGCAGCUAGGGGGGGCCAUGAACGAGCAGUACAGUUACUACUUGAAGCAAACUGUGAUUUGAUGUCCAGUAACGAUGGGGGACAGUCGGCACUUCAUGCUUCAGCCAGGGGUGGAUCAGACCAGGUUGCUCGUCUCCUUUUGAUGCAAGGGCUUAACGCACACCAGAAAGAUAAAUACGGUAACACCCCAUUAUUAGAAGCCGCUCGAUGGGGUCAUUUAAAUCUGGUGCAGCUUUUUCUUGAUUGGGAUCCGGAUGCUGAUCCCCAAGACAUCCAACUGAAUGCCUCGAUAUUCGUAGCAGUGCGGUAUUCGAAUGGAGAAAUACUUCGGUUUCUCCUGGACAGGGGUGUCGACCCCAAUAUUGUGGAUUGGUCGGGUGCGACACCACUUAUUUGCGCAUCAAUGUCAGGCGCCACAUCAGCAAUACAAGUCCUGCUGAAGUGGGGUGUUGAAUUGGAAAUCAAAGACUACGAGGGUCGGACCGCACUGAGUUGGGCAGCAACCUGUCUGAGUACAGAAGUGGUUCAGCUCCUCCUAGAGCAUGGCUCUGAUAUUAACACUGAGGACAAUCUUGGUCGCGGUGUAGUUUUCUAUGCAGCCUGGGGAAACGCAUAUACCAAUCUGGCUGCUCUUCUUACUUCGACCAAGAUCAGGAACAUUCAUCAACCCGAUCGAUAUGGCCAAACAACAAUACAUGUUGCUGCAAGCCGCGGUCAUUUACAAUCAGUUGUCACGCUGCUGGAAAGCGAUGGUGUUGAGUUAGAAAUCAAAGACCAUGCGGGUCAAACCGCACUAAGUUGGGCAGCAAGCCAUAAGAAUACAAAAGUGCUUCAGCUCCUUCUAAAGCAUGGCGCUGAUGUCGACACUGAGGACAAUCUUGGUCGCGGUGUCGUUUUCUAUGCAGCCUCAGGAAACGCAUAUACCAAUCUGGCUGCUCUUUUUACUUCCACCAAUAUCAGGAACAUCCAUCAGCCCGAUCGAUAUGGCCGAACACCUCUACAUGUCGCUGCAACCCUCGGUCAUUUACAAUCAGUUCUCAUGCUACUCGAAAGCAACGACGUGGACUGCGAGGCUCAAGACGAGUUUGGUCGUACAGCGCUGUCCGAUGCUAUAGUGCGAAAGAGAUUUGAUGUUGUGAAAGUCCUAAAGCCGUUUUCGGAGACAGAAUCUCAAGUGACAGUUGAAUCAGUACUUGAACCCACCUCUCAAAGGGACACGAUAAAAAAUUGUGAUGUUUGCAUGGCUGACGUAUUGGAGGGUGAGGCUUUCUACCAUUGCGACACUUGUAAUGGGGCGGACUUCGAUACCUGCGAAUUGUGCUAUCAUGUUGGCGCACGAUGCCUGGAGCGAUCUCAUGAGAUGAAGUUAGGGCGUUGGUAA